AGUUUCACAUCACGUACAACAGCUUCUGAGCUGACUACCAGUUUCACAUUACAUACGACAACUCCCAAGCCAAAUACCACUUUGACAUCACGUUUGACAACUCCCGAGCCAGCUACAACUUUAACAUCACAUACGACAACUCCCGAGCCAACUACCAGGUUCACAUCACAUUUGAAAAUUCCUGAGCCAUCUGACAGUUUCACAUCACAUAUGACGACAACUGAGACAACUACAAGUUUCACAUCUCAUACAACAUCUUCUGAGCCAACUACGAGUUUCACAUCACAUACAACAAGUCAUAAACCAAUUAGAAGUUUAACAUCACAUGUGUCAGCUCCUGAGCCAACUACCAGUUUCCCAUCACAUACAACAACUAACAAUCCAAAUCCAAGUUUAAAGUCUUCCACUACAACAACUUCCGAGCCAACUACCACUUUCACAUCAUUUACGACAACUCCCGAGCCAACUUCCAGUUCCACAUCACAUGCAACAAUUCCUGAGGAAACUUCAAGUUUCACAUCAUAUACAUCAACUCCGGAGCCAACUUUCAAAUCACAUACGAACACUGCAGAGAACACUAGAGGAUUCACAUCACAUACAACAAAUCAUAAUCCAAAUACAAGUUUCACAUCACACACAUCAACUCCUGAGCAAACUACAACACAUACAACAAAUCACAAUUCAACUAAUAGUUUCACAUCACACACAACGACUCCCAAACCAACUACUAGUUUCACAUCACAUACAACAACUGACAAUCCAACUACCACUUUCACAUCAUAUACAACUCCUGAGCAAACCACAAGUUUUACAUUACACACAACAAAUCACAGUCCAAAUACAACUUUUCCAUCACACACAACGAUGCACAAUCCAACUACAAGUUUCAAGUCACAUACGACAACCCCAGAGACAACUACCAGUUUCACAUCACAUACAACAACUCAGAAUCCAAAUACAAGUUUCACAUCUCAAACAACAUCUUCUGAACCAACUACUAGUUUCACAUCACAUGUGUCAACUCCGGGGCCAACUACCAGUUUCCCAUCACAUACAACAACUAACAAUCCAAAUACAAGUUUAAAGUCACAUAAAACAACUCCCGAGCCAGCGACCAGUUUCCCAUCACAUACAAAAACUAAAAAUUCAAAUACAAGUUUAAAGUCUUCAAGUACAACAACUUUCGAGUCAACUACCACUUUUACAUCAUAUACGACAACUCCCGAGCCAACUUCCAGUUCCACAUCACAUGCAACAAUUCCUGAGGCAACUUCAAGUUUCACAUCAUAUACAUCAACUCCCGAGCCAACUUUCAAAUCACAUACGACAACUUCAGAGACAACUAGAGGUUUCACAUCACAUACAACAAAUCAUAAUCCAACUACAAGUUUCACAUCACAUACAACAAAUCAUAAUCCAACUACAAGUUUCACAUCACAUACGUCAACUCACGUGCCAAAUAAUAGUUUCACAUCACACACAACGACUCCCAAACCAACUACUAGUUUCACGUCACAUACAACAACUGAGCAAAACACAAGUUUUACAUUACACAUAACAAAUUACAGUCCAAAUUCCACUUUUCCAUCACACACAACAAUGCACAAUCCAACUACAAGUUUCAAGUCACAUACGACAACCCCAGAGACAACUAAAAGUUUCACAUCACAUACAACAACUCAGAAUCCAAAUACAAGUUUCACAUCUCAAACAACAUCUUCUGAACCAACAACGAGUUUCACAUCACAUACUACAAGUCAUAAACCAACUACUAGUUUCACAUCACAUGCGUCAACUCCGGAGCCAGCUACCAGUUUCCCAUCACAUACAACAACUCAGAAUCCAAAUACAAGUUUCACAUCUCAAACAACAUCUUCUGAACCAACAACGAGUUUCACAUCACAUACUACAAGUCAUAAACCAACUACUAGUUUCACAUCACAUACGACAACUCCCGAGCCAACUACUAGCUUCACAUCAUAUGCAGCAACUCCAGAGACAACUACAAAUUUGACAUCACAUACGACAACUCCCGAGCCAACUAGUAGUUUCACAUCACAUACAACAACUGACAAUCCAACUACCACUUUCACAUCAUAUACAACUCCUGAACAAACCACAAGUUUUACAUUACACACAACAAAUCACAGUCCAAAUACAACUUUUCCAUCACACACAACAAUGCACAAUCCAACUGCAAGUUUUAAGUCACAUACGACAACCCCAGAGACAACUACCAGUUUCACAUCACAUACAACAACUCAGAAUCAAAAUACAAGUUUCACAUCUCAAACAACAUCUUCUGAACCAAAUACGAGUUUCACAUCACAUACUACAACUAACAAUCCAAAUACAAGUUUAAAGUCACAUAAAACAACUCCCACGCCAGGGACCAGUUUCACAUCACAUACGACAACCCCAGAGACAACUACCAGUUUCACAUCACAUACAACAACUCAGAAUACAAAUAUAAGUUUCACAUCUCAAACAACAUCUUCUGAACCAACAACGAGUUUCACAUCACAUACUACAAGUCAUAAACCAACUACUAGUUUCACAUCACAUACGACAACUCCCGAGCCAACUACUAGCUUCACAUCAUAUGCAGCAACUCCAGAGACAACUACAAGUUUGACAUCACAUACGACAACUCCCGAGCCAACUAGUAGUUUCACAUCACAUACAACAACUGACAAUCCAACUACCACUUUCACAUCAUAUACAACUCCUGAGCAAACAACAAGUUUUACAUUACACACAACAAAUCACAGUCCAAAUACAACUUUUCCAUCACACACAACAAUGCACAAUCCAACUACAAGUUUUAAGUCACAUACGACAACCCCAGAGACAACUACCAGUUUACCAGUUACAACAACUCAGAAUCCAAAUACAAGUUUCACAUCUCAAACAACAUCUUCUGAACCAACUAAGAGUUUCACAUCACAUACUACAAGUCAUGAACCAACUACAAGUUUCCCAUCACAUGCGUCAACUCCCGAGCCAACUACUAGCUUUACAUCAUAUGCAGCAACUCCAGAGACAACUACAAGUUUCACAUCACAUAUGACAACUCUCCAGCCAACUAGUAGUUUCACAUCACAUACAACAACUGACAAUCCAAAUACAAGUUUCACAUCUCAAACAACAAAUCAUAAACCAACUAAUAGUUUCACAUCACAUGCUUCAACUCCGGAGCCAGCUACCAGUUUCCUAACACAUACAACAACUAACAAUCCAACUACAAGUUUCACAUCACAUACGACAACUCCCGAGCCAACUACUAGCUUCACAUCAUAUGCAGCAACUCCAGAGAAAACUACAAGUUUCACAUCACAUACGACAACUCUCGAGCCAACUAGUAGUUUCACAUCACAUACAACAACUGACAAUCCAACUACCACUUUCACAUCAUAUACGACAACUCCUGAACAAACCACAAGUUUUACAUCACACACAACAAAUCACAAUCCAAAUUCAAAUUUCCCAUCACACACAACAACUCACAAUCCAACUACAAGUUUCAAGUCACAUAUGACAACCCCAGAGACAACUACCAGUUUCACAUCACAUACAACAACUCAGAAUCCAAAUACAAGUUUCACAUCUCAAACAACAUCUUCUGAACCAACUACGAGUUUCACAUCACAUACUACAAGUCAUAAACCAACUACUAGUUUCACAUCACAUGUGUCAACUCCCGAGCCAACUACCAGUUUCCCAUCACAUACAACUCACUAUCCAAAUACAAGUUUCACAUCUCAAACAACAUCUUCUGAACCAACUACGAGUUUCACAUCACAUACUACAAGUCAUAAACCAACUACUAGUUUCACAUCACAUGCGUCAACUCCGGAGCCAGCUACCAGUUUCCCAUCAAAUACAACAACUAACAAUCCAACUACAAGUUUCACAUCACAUACGACAACUGACAAUCCAACUACCACUUUCACAUCAUAUACGACAACUCCUGAACAAACCACAAGUUUUACAUCACACACAACAAAUCACAAUCCAAAUUCAAAUUUCCCAUCACACACAACAACUCACAAUCCAACUACAAGUUUCAAGUCACAUACGACAACUCCCGAGACAACUACCAGUUUCACAUCACAUACAACAACUCACAAUCCAGCUACCACUUUCACAUCAUAUACGACAGCUCCUGAACAAACCAAAAGUUUUACAUCACUCACAACAACUCACAAUCCAAAUUCAAAUUUCCCAUCACACACAACAACUCACAAUCCAACUCCCGAGCCAAAUACCAGUUUCCCAUCACAAACGACAACUCAUAACCCAACUACAGGUUUCACAUCACAUACAUCAACUCCCGAGCCAACUACAAGUUUCACAUCACAUACGACGGCUCCCAAUCCAACUACUAAUUUCACAUCACAUACAAGUCCCGAGCCAAAUACUAGUUUCCUAUCACAUACAACUUAUAAUCCAGCAACAAGUUUUAAGUCACAUAUGACAACUCCCAAGCCAACUACUAUUUUCACAACAAGUACGACAACUGACAAUCAAACUACCAGGUUCACAUCACAUACGACAACUUCCAAACCAACUACAAGUUUGACAUCACAUACGAUAACUCCCAAGCCAACUAUGAAUUUCACAUCACAUACGACAACUCCUGAGCCAACUACUACUUUCACGUCACAUACAAUAGCUCACAAUUCAGCUACCAGUUUCCCAUCACAUACAACAACUCCCAAGGCAAAUACUAGUUUCACAUCACAUACAACAACUGACAAUCCUACUACUACUCUCUCAUCACAUUCAACAACUCUUGAGCAAACUACAAGUUUCAAGUCACAUACGACAUCUUCCAAGCCAACUACGCGUUUCACAUCACAUACAUCAACUCCCGAGCCAACUACAAGUUUCAAGUCACAUACGACAUCUCCCAAACAAAAUACCAGUUUCACAUCACAUUUGACAACUCACAAUCCAACUACUAAUUACACAUCACAUGCGACAACUCUCAAUCCAACUACUGAUUUCACAUCACAUACAAGUCCCGAGCCAACUAGUAGUUUCACAUCACAUACAACAACUGACAAUCCAACUACCACUUUCACAUCAUAUACGACAACUCCUGAACAAACCACAAGUUUUAAAUCACACACAACAAAUCACAAUCCAAAUUCAAAUUUCCCAUCACACACAACAACUCACAAUCCUACUACAAGUUUCAAGUCACAUACGACAACUCCCGAGACAACUACCAGUUUCACAUCACAUACAACAACUCACAAUUCAGCUACCACAUUCACAUCAUAUACGACAACUCCUGAACAAACCACAAGUUUUACAUCACACACAACAAAUCACAAUCCAAAUUCAAAUUACCCAUCACACACAAUAACUCACAAUCAAACUCCCGAGCCAAAUACCAGUUUCACAUCACAUACAACAACUCACAAUCCAGCUACCACUUUCACAUCAUAUACGACAACUCCUGAACAAACCACAAGUUUUACAUCACACACAAUAAAUAACAAUCCAAAUUCAAAUUUCCCAUCACACACAAUAACUCACAAUCCAACUCCCGAGCCAAAUACCAGUUUCCCAUCACAUACAACAACUCCCAAGGCAAAUACUAGUUUCACAUCACAUACAACAAUUGACAAUCCUACUACCACUUUCUCAUCACAUUCAACAACUCUUGAGCAAACUACAAGUUUCAAGUCACAUACGACAUCUUCCGAGCCAACUACGCGUUUAACAUCACAAGCGACAACUCAUAACCCAACUAUAAGUUUCACAUCACAUACAUCAAUUCCCGAGCCAACUACAAGUUUCACAUCACAUGCGAAAACUCACAAUCCAACUACUAAUUUCACAUCACAUGCGACAACUCACAAUCCAACUACUGAUUUCACAUCACAUACAAGUCCUGAGCCAACUACUAGUUUCACAUCACAUACGACAACUCUCGAGCAAACCACAAUUUUAAAAUCACAUACGACAACUCCUGAGCCAACUACAAGUUUCACAUCACAUACAACAAUUCCUGAGCCAACUACUACUUUCACGUCACAUACGACAACUGACAAUCCAACUACCAGUUUCACAUCACAUUCAAUUCCCAAGCCAACUACUAGUUUCCCAUCACAUACAACAGACAAUCCAACAAGUUUUAAGUCAACACAUACAACAAAUAACAAUUCAACUACCAGUUUCACAUCACAUUCAACAACAAAUCAUAAACCAACUACUAGUUUCACAUCACUUGCGUCAACUCUGGAGCCAGCUACCAGUUUCCUAUCACAUACAACAACUAACAAUCCAACUACCACUUUCACAUCAUAUACGACAACUCCUGAACAAACUACUAGCUUCACAUCAUAUGCAGCAACUCCAGAGACAACUACAAGUUUCACAUCACAUACGACAACUCCGAGCCAACUAGUAGUUUCACAUCACAUACAACAACUGACAAUCCAACUACCACUUUCACAUCAUAUACGACAACUCCUGAACAAACCACAAGUUUUACAUCACACACAACAAAUCACAAUCCAAAUUUCCCAUCACACACAACAACUCACAAUCCAACUACAAUGACAACUCCCAAGCCAACUACUAUUUUCACAACAAGUAUGAAAACUGACAA